AUGGCCAAGGCAAAAGCCAACCCAGGCAUCCAAAACAGGCACAUUUACACCAGAGCUUCAUAUCUCUAUCAAGCAGCCAGCUAUCUAGCAAACUGCGCUCAGCAGACGAAACCACAGACCAAGUCAGAGAAUCCCCAGCAUGACGACAAGCUUUCAUCUGCCUCGAAAAGGGACCGCAAGGCCUUGAUCAACUUGUCUCACCAAGUCGUGUCGGACAUGAGAUCGGUGUCGCUAAAAGCCCAGAUCCGACAGAGCCCCUCAAUCAAGCAAACCAUCUGCAAGUAUUGCGACGCCAUCCUGAUUGAAGGCAAGACAUGCCAUUCCGCCGUCGAGAAUCUCAGCAAAGGCGGAAGAAAGCCGUGGGCCGAUGUUCUCGUCACCCGGUGCGACACGUGUGGAAACACGAAGCGGUAUCCUGUCAGCGCCCCGAGGCAGAAGAGGAGGUCGCUUCGGACU